AUGCUUGAUGGGUCAAGCCCCCAGGCUGGCAAGAUCUGGAAGAAGGCACUCCUGACCUUCUCCCUUGAUGGCAAGAAAAUGACCAAAACUUUCCUUAUAUGUAACACAGGGUCUCACGCCGCCAUCCUGGGAUUGAAGUGGUUGGACGCCCACAACCCGGAAAUUGACUGGAAUAUGCGCACUCUCACCUUCCCCCACGCACCACCUGAGCAUGUGGCCAUCGCCAAGGAAGAGGAAGCCAACCAAGAACCCCUUGAAGGAGUGCCCUCCAAAUACCACCAAUAUGCAAAAGUAUUUGGAGAGGAAGAAUUCAACAAGCUCCCUCCUCACCAGCACUACAAUAUUGGCAUUGAACUUACGGAAGAAGGCCCCUUGAACUCACCCUUAUACAGUAUGACCAAUGCCGAGUCUGCCACACUCAAAGACUGGCUCAGGGACAAGCUCAAGGCUGGGAAGAUCCAACCCAGCAAAUUGUCAAUUAGCUCUCCCGUAAUGUUUGUUCCCAAAAAGGAUGGCUCCCGCCGUUUGGUCGUUGACUACUGUUGUUUGAAUAACCAGACCAAGAAAAACGUCUACCCAUUACCCCGUCCAGAUGACCUCAUGGCCCAGCUCCGUGGUGCCAAGGUGUUCACUAAGCUAGACCUAAGGUGGGGUGACAACAAUGUCCGUGUUAAGGAAGGGGACAAAUGGAAAACUGCCUUCCGCACCAAGUACGGCCUAUACGAGUCCCUGGUCAUGACAUUUGGCCUGACAAACGCCCCUGCCGCCUUUCAGCACUUCAUGAACAAACUGUUCAAGGACUUACUGGAUGUAUGUGUCAUCAUCUACCUUGAUGAUAUCCUAAUCUACUCUAAGGAUGACGCAACUCACACAAAACAUGUCCAUGAGGUUCUGAGACGGCUAAUGGAGAACCAACUUUUUUGCAAGGCGUCCAAAUGUACAUUCCACGUCACCUCUGUGGAAUACCUGGGAAUCAUUGUUUUGGACAAGGGAUUUAGCCUGGAUAAGCUCAAGAUCCAGGCCGUGCAAGAAUGGCCAACCCCAACCAAAGUCAAGGAGGCCCAGUCCUUCCUGGGAUUUGCCAAUUUCCUACAACAGUUUGUGGCCAAUUUUAGUCACAUGGCGCAACCCCUACACAACCUAGUCAAAAAGGACAUGCCCUGGAAAUGGGACGCAAGGGAGCAGGAAGCAUUCCAAGGACUAAAAGAUGCCAUCACAAACGCCCCUGUACUACGCCAUGCCGACCCCACAAAGCCUUACUUCCUUGAAACAGACACAUCCGGCGCGGCCCUGGGGUCCAUACUCAGUCAACGGCAAGAAGACAGACGCCUACACCCACUAGGAUUUCUGUCAGAAUCAUUUAAAGGUGCCAAACAGAACUACAACACCCACGAUAAGGAACUCCUAGCCAUCAUCCAAUCUUUUGAGUACUGGCGCAUCUUCUUAGAAGGAACCUUACACCCUAUUACUGUGUUUACGGACCACCGCAACCUGGAAUAUUGGAAGGAGUCCCGCACCUUCAACCAACGCCAUGCACAAUGGCAUCUACUCCUUGCCGGUUAUAAUUUCCAGAUAGUCUACCGCCCAGGGAAACAGUUGGGAAAACCGGAUGCCCUCUCACGCCGCUUGGAUCAUGCCAAUGUCCCUCCCGCCAAUCAAACAAUGCUCCCAGAUCCCGUAUUUGCUAACAUAGCCCAAGUGACCCCUGAAAAGGAGCUUCAGCAACAGAUCAAGGCUGCCCUGGAUCAAGACAAGUCUCUGGAGGAGAUAUUACAGUUCCUCCAGAACAAAUCCAAGGCACCACCCUCAAUCAAACAAGCCUUUAAGGACUAUGAGAUGGAGGCCAGAUUACUGUUCUACCAAGGACAAAUUGUAGUACCUGACGUAGGCACCCUGAGGACAGAUUUGCUUUGCAUUUUCCACGACAGUCCAUUGGCUGGUCACCCAGGCAGGCAACAAACUCUGGAAUUUGUAUCACGUAACUACUACUGGCCGGGCAUCCGCGCAGAUACAUAUUGGCACGUAGACUCCUGUGAAACCUGCCAAAGGAUCAGAAAGCCCAAACCCUGGCAACACGUCUCCUAUGACAUGAUUGUAGACCUGCCAAGGGACGGAAGUAACAACUCCAUACUGGUCAUAAUAGACAGUUUCACAAAAUACGGAAUCUUUGUCAAAUGUUCCAAGAAGCUCAAAGCACCCGAGCUAGCGGAACUGUUCCUGGAACAUGUGUGGAAACGUCAUGGAAUGCCGGAAAAGACAAUAUUGGACAGGGGCAGAGUCUUCAACAACAAGUUCCUACAAGCACUGUACAAACGAUUAGGCAUUGACCCACACUUCUCCUCAGCGUACCACCCGCAAAGCAACGGACAAACGGAACAAGUGAACCCCUCUAUUGAACACUUCCUAAGGGCUUACUCCGGUAUCAAUCAACGGGACUGGACAAGGUGGCUCCCAAUGGCGGAAUUUGCAUACAACAACGCCGUACAUAGCAGUACUGGGAAAACCCCGUUCAAGGCCUUAUACGGAUGGGAACCUUCCCUGACCCCGUCCAACGUACCAACAGAUGUCCUGGAAGCCAAUGAUCUAGCUCAGACGAUGGAAGCCCAGUGGAGAGAAGUAGAAGCUGCACUCUGGCAAUCCAAGACAAGAAUGACCGCUGGAGAGGAAGGAAGCCCAACCGUGUUUGAAGUAGGGGAAGAAGUAUGGCUUGACGCCAAAAACGUUAACCUAAAAACCUUGAGUCCCAAACUGACAGAACAACGCUUGGGACCAUUCAAAGUCUCCAAGAAAAUCUCCGACCGUGCUUACCGACUCAAACUCCCUUCAACUAUGCGCAUCCACAAUGUCUUCUACAUGGGACUAUUGUCAAAAGUCAAAAGAGAUGACAAGCGCGCCUUUGAAAAUUGUCCCCCUCCAGUCACCGUGGAUGGGGAAGAAGAGUACAAGGUUGAAGGGAUCACGGACAUGGAAGAAAGGAACGGAAAAUGGUUCUUUAGGGUAAAAUGGAAGGGCUAUGGAUCAGAGGAGAACACCUGGGAACCAAGGGAAAACUUCAAAAACGCCGAAAAAAUCCUAAAAAAUUUUGAGAAAAAGAUGAGAGAGAAGGCCCUUGGCGCUGCCAAGGCCCUUAGAGGGGGGGCAGUGUUGUAG